GUCAGUCGCUUUUCCAAAAUCACCACCACUUUUAUCGCUCGGAACAAACACAAGCUCUCUGCAAAAAUGGCGAAAGAACUGGGGCCCACAGGAGAGUUCUUCAAGAGAAGAGACGCAUGGAGAAAGCACCCCAUGCUAUCGAAUCAGUUCCGUCACGCAACACCUGGGCUGGGCAUCGCCCUUGUCGCCUUCGGUAUAUACGUCGUGGGAGAAAUGGCUUAUGACAAGAUCUAUGCCCCUUCUCACGCUCAUUCUGCUGCUUCCGAAUCUCAUUCUCACUAAUUAGUGUACUAUGCAGGUGACUGCUGAACAUGGAAGAAGCUUCAAGUCAAUUACAGCAUUUUGUUUCCCAUUUGAUUGUAUAAUAAAACAUGUGUGACUUGAGAUGCGGGAUUUGAUGCAUCUGGAGUAGUGUUUUUUCAAACUUCUGUCAAACUAUCUCACUUGUGAGUUGGUAAGAGGACUUGUAAUGAAUCAAACUUUGGAAUAUCAAGACUUUAUACAUCUAUUUGGUUAUAAUCCA